AUUGGGGCAAAAGUUGGCUGCUUCGGGGUCUGUACAGUUUGUGGUGGCCAUCUGGGUUUGAGAAAGCAUAGUGAAAAAGCAAGCGGAAGAUGGACGGUUCAAACAUUUUUUAAGGAAAGAGAGUUGAGUGGAGAUAUCAUAGCAAAAGUUUCUGAUAUAUUUUGGCUGAGGAAGGUUAUUAGACUUGAUGAUGCUGAGGACAAUAUCACUCAACAAUCUAAGGAGACCUUGGGAGAUGAAGACGAGGGUGGAUUUCUCAAACUGACAAGGACCCGUGAAUGGAUAGCAGGCGAUAACUCUGCACCUGUCAAUAAGAAGAUGAUCGCCAAGCAAUUGCAGAAUGACAGUGAGAAAAGGAAAAUAAUGAACCUUCUGAGCUAUGAAGCUCUCAAGAGGGAAAUGAUGCUUUUAACUGUGGGUAUCGGAAUUGUAUGCAGUGGAUACUGUUUAGUAACUUUAUCUGUACAGGCUGCUGUGAGUUAUGCAGCGGGAGUUCUUUUCAGUUGCUUAUACCUUCAGCUCUUAUACAAACAAGUGGACAACCUUUCCCGGGAAACAGUUCCACAGAUUUUCAGGCAAAAGAAGUCAAAGGAAGUAUCUGGGCCAUUGGUGAUGCGUCCUAAUCAUGGAGAUGAAUAUACAGUGCUUGAGCUAAACCCAAUGGAGUGGACAUUUGACAACUGUCCAAAGAUUCUUGUACCUGUUGCUGAUGGCACUGAGGAAAUGGAAGAUGAAACACCGGUGGAUGAAGAAGCCAUGGUCGAAAUACAGAGAGAGAGAUGGAGAGACCAUGGGCUAGCACAGUGACUGAGAUAGAGGAAGCUAGGGUAUGUGUAGAGGUCCGGCGGGCGGCCAAGGCGAGGCUGCCGCCCGCCGGUGAAGCAGAAUGACCAGGUUCUUAACCUUGCUCUGAUACCAUGUUAAAAUUGAGAUAUUAUUGAUUGAUGAGUUUAUGAUUGAUAGAUACAAGAUUGGUGUAUUGAUGUGUAAAUUACAGAUGGUGAGGUACUAAUUAUAUAGGAGAGGAUUGGGGAGUAGGUGAGUGUGUGUGGUAGGUGAGGAGAAAGAUAGUGGAGGUGGUAGGUGUGGAGAAAUUCUAACAGUGGA